AUCGCGACUUUGGCUUUAUUUUUCUUAAUAUCUACCAUCCAUUUCUAAGUAGAUGGUUAGAAGGGGUUGGCGGGCAUGUAGGAGUUAGAGUGAUAGUCUCGUAGACAAUGCAAUCCGUAUGCUUUGGGUGCUUUUUGUUGUCAUUCUCGUGGUGCUUCUUGUGCUUCUUGUGGUGGUUCGUUGUUGUUGAAGCAGAGAGGCUGUCCUCGUGAUGGCUAUGUUGGUUAUCAUUUUGGUGCUGAUCAUGGUGUUGGCCAUGGUGUUGGGCAUGAUGCUGGCCUUGGUGUUGGGCAUGAUGCUGGCCUUGGUGUUGGGCAUGAUGCUGGCCUUGGUGUUGGGCAUGAUGCUGGCCUUGGUGUUGGGCAUGAUGCUGGCCUUGCUGUUGGGCAUGAUGCUGGUCAUGGUGCUGGUCGUCGUGCUGGCCAUGGUGCCCAGCCAUAUGCUUGAUAUGGUCAUGGUUGGCCUUGCUAUGCUCAUGGUUGGCCUUGCUAUGCUCAUGGUUGGCCUUGCUAUGCUCAUGGUUGGCCUUGCUGUGGUGAUGGGAACUCGCUUUAGCGCUCUUCUCUUCAUGCUCCUUCUUUUUAGAUCCAUUGCUCUCUUUCUUCUCCUUCUCUUCAGACCCCUUGCUCUCUUUCUUCUCUGUACCAUUAGCCUCCGUGUUUUUCACAUCCUCCGCAGCAUUGCUGUCACUAUUGGCACCUGAGUCCGAGGCAUAAACCUGGAAGAGAUUGAUUCUUGACUCGAGUUCUUCUGCAGAAGGAAAAAUGGACUUAUCCAUCUGUUUGAGCCCCUCGAGCGAAACGAGUUCAUCACCGGCAGCAUCAACUGAAGCAGCGUUGAUGGGGGCAUCGUUUGCAGGGACAUCUUGAGCCUGGACCUGCGAAAGGAACAGAGCAAUAGCUACGCUCAAACUAAUACUGAAGAUACGCAUAUUGAAGAACUUUUUGGAAUGCUAGUAUUAAUGUUUACAAUAUGUGCGUGUAUGUUAAUUAUGCCUGUAUAAUAGGCUGAUAAAAGUGGGGGUAUAAAAGAGAUAUUGGAUACACGGACGAAGAAUCACAAACACAAAA